CGCCCCGCGCUGCAGGAAGCGCCGCCCACGCCCCUUCCUCCUCCUCCUCCUCCUCCUCCUCCUCCCUCUUCCUCGGCCGCGGCGAUGCAGCGGCAGCCUCAGCAGCCUCCUCGCUUCUCCCUGGCUGAGUGCGACGUGGUGGGCUUCGACUUGGACCACACGCUCUGCCGGUACCACCUCCCGCGGAGCGCACGGCUAAUAUAUGAUAGUUUUGCCCAGUAUCUGGUAGCAGAGAAGGGUUAUGAUGAAGACCUCCUGACUCUGGCUCCAGACAGCUUAGACUUCUGUUGCAAAGGAUUAGUGUUGGACAUUGAAGAAGGAAACUUCCUGAAACUUGCAGAAGAUGGAACAGUUUUAAGGGCAAGCCAUGGUACAAAGAGCAUGACAUCCGAAGAGGUCCUGGAGACAUAUGGAAGGAGGGAGUGGAAGCAUUUUAAUACAGUCAGUGGAAUGGUUUCCCGCUCAGCUCAGUACUAUAUGUAUGAUAAUUAUUUUGACUUGCCAGGAGCUCUCUUGUGUGCAAGGAUUGUGGACAACUUAGAUCAGCAUGAUGGUCAGAAAAAAUAUGACUUCUGGAAGGACAUGGUAGCUGCUAUCCAGCAUAAUUAUAAAAUAACAGCUUUUAAAGAAGACUGUGGGAUGUAUUUCCCAGAAGUGAAAAAUCAUCCAGACAAAUAUUUACAAAGAUGUCCCGAGUCUGUAAAAAAGUGGCUGAAACAACUGAAGAGUGCUGGGAAGAUUCUGCUAUUAAUUACUAGUUCUCACAGUGACUAUUGCAGGCUCCUGUGUGAACAUAUUCUUGGGAAUGAUUUUGAAGAGCAUUUUGACAUUGUGAUCACAAAUGCUUUGAAACCUGGUUUCUUCUCCCAUACCCCAAACCAAAGACCUUUUCGUACUCUUGAGAAUGACGAGGAGCAGGAGGCUCUGCUAUCACUGGACAAGCCUGGCUGGUAUUCCCAAGGUAAUGCUAUUCAGCUUUAUGAACUACUGAAGAAGAUGACUGGCAAGUUGGAUCCCAAGGUUGUUUAUUUUGGUGACAGCAUGCACUCAGAUAUUUUCCCAGCUCGUCACUAUAGCAACUGGGAAACCGUCUUCAUCUUAGAGGAGCUUCUAGGGGACAAAGUUACGUUGGCUGCAGAGACUGAAUCUGAGCCCUUGGAGAAGAAAGGAAAAUAUGAGGGAGAUCAGCUCAAAGCUCCUUACUUUGUAUCUAAACAGUGGGGCUCUUUCUUCAUGGACAGAUUACCAGGCCUGGAAAAUGCAGAGGAAACCUUAGUUCGCACGUGGUCCUGUAGAUGUAUUAGCACUUACAGCACUAUUGCAAUCCCUAGUCUUGAAGCAAUAGCAGAUUUGCCACUGGAUUAUAGAUUUACACGAUUUUCCUCAAACAGCUCAGCAACUGCUGGGUACUACCCAAGCCCUCCAAGAGCACUGCUGCCAAAUGAGGAGUCAGUGACUAUGAAAUAGGUUGUCAGUUUUUUUCCUUAAAUAACCCUGUGGCCCUUCCUUAAACUACUAUCAAAUGCUGAUUGGUGAAAAUGCCGUGUGGUGCUUCAUAAAGUAGAAUGAUGGGUCAAAGCUGACGCCUGUGUAGACUUGCGUUUCACUUGCUCUAGUCCAGCCAAACCAGGUUACAUCCUUCUCUCUAAAUCUUCUGACCACCACUACCUUUCACAAAGUGCUGUUGGCUUUUUCCGUGCACUGCCCAGAGCCUUCAAGAGAAAUGUAAUAACUCAUCCCAAGUUACGUUCUACGUUUUCAAGAACAUUUUCAAUACUAUCCCUAUGUAAGGUGAUGCCGUUGCUACCAUAAGCUCCAGGAAAGAAAUGAACUAGACUUUCAGCCAUAUUUCAUUAAAAGUUGCCUUGGACAUCCCAGGCUAUCACCGUAGAUUAGUGUUUUGCAGGCUCUGAGGAAUUUAUUCUCUCAGUGUAACAGUUCUUGGAGACACACAAAGACCGAGGCCCAAAGAGAAAGGUGCAUCGUACCCAAAAAGAGAAUUGAAUGGGAUUUAGGCUACUAAAUGCAGCCUGAUAGUCCUGAAAGCCUUUGUCACAUGCCUCGUAUUCCUGAAAGUGCCUAACCACUCGCCAACAGUAAGGUUCCCUACAUGCCUUUUUCCUCCUUUAGUCUUCAAUUCUGCAAGAGCCAGAGCUCUUCUGCAGAAGGAGGGAAACCCAUGUACAGUUCCCUUCUCAGCUUGGGUGGAUUCAAAUCCAAACCCACAUUCUCCACCUCCCUGGGAAAUCCUUCCAAGAGUAGGAAGGGUAUACUAAGUAGAGCCUCAGCCCAGAGGAGAAACAAAACUGAAGACAUAAACUGAGCAUGUGCUUUUUUAUCGGCUAAUUUAAGCAAACAGGCAUCCUGCUCUCUGCAGAUUCGGUUCCAAAGACCCAUUCUCGAGCCUGUUGGACAGGGACCCAUUGGUAACUAACACAGGGUAGCCAAUGCAAAAACGUGUGAAAGAUACUUGUUUAGUCAGCAGUUUUGUCACACUGGGAUGUCAGAAUUUUGGAUAAAUUCUCCUCAAAGUUUAAAGAAUAAACAGACAUACUAUUUUCUUAUUUUCAAGAGAAAUAAUUUACUUUCUUAGGCCAAGACAAUUAUCAGAAUGGGUUUAAUAACGCUUAACUUGUGUCACACAGUUCACCCUACAUUUUUGCAGCUUCACCACUUAAAAUAUUUUGUGUCAGAAUCAGACGUGAACACCAUCCCACCUUAUUUCAGAGAUAUCAGCUUUUGUUUCCGUACUUUUUUCUUACCUUUACAUAGGAUGUUAUUUUUACAUUCUUGUGGUCCAGUAUAUUUACAAGUAAUACACAACAUUUACAGUUUUAACACAAAGCAUUGUUUUUUUUUGAAAGGGAAACAAAACAAAUGAGGAAAAAAUUGAGAAAAGCUUUCCUUAAAACAAAGUGGGUGAGGAAGGAAAAUGAAAGUUCCAUUCUCCUUCUCAUAAACUGUAGGCUGAAAAUAUUUGACUUUAAAAGGUAACAAUAAGAAAUACUUAAGUUUAUUUUGAAAUUUUUAAAUUAGCAUCAGUGUCUUGGGCAGCAAGUCUGGUUCACGAUAAGGGUAUGGUUUGUAUUAAGCAGAGAGAUACCCAGAUAAAAAUCUCAGAUCCCUGAUUACAACAUCAUUUAAAAUUCUAACCUGAAUCAAAUAGUCCUCUUCAAGUAAUUCCUAACUAGGUUAUGGUCCAAACCAGUAUUGUUUACCCCCAUGCUUUUGUUCUGAAUUUGGAACUGAUUUUUGUAGGUUGGGGAUUUUUUUUAUUGUUUUUUAAAGAAAAUUAAUUCAAGUUGAAUUGUUAAUGAAAAUUAGAGUGAAAAUCAUCUAAGUAAGCCCUUGGUUCCUGGCAUCUCGGUGGAGAAGCAGUAUUUAUUUUAGUGGAGAAGGGACAGAUUCUGAGGACGGCCUGAACACGAAGCUCACCGGAAGAAAUGCAUAUCAAGACUUGCUCAACGGAGAGGUGACGGUACCCGUUUCUGACGAAGGCCCUCAGCAGCCAUUUGCAGUUGCUGCCAGAAGGAUUACGCAAAAACAGAGGAAGAAGUGGAUAACAGAAAGCUACUGCAAGCAGGACUCCACGUGCCACCACAGUCUGUGCCUGCAGGAAGGCUUAGGAAACAUCGCUGAAGCAUUUGCCCAGAAACCAGAGUUCCUGUGAAAUCGGACUUAACUCUUACGAAAGACUCUUCUUAUUAAAGAAUCUCUGCAAAUUGUGUGGGUCUUGUUACAAAAGAGAAGGUGGCAGUGGAGGAACUCGAGGAGCGCAGUCGGCGCUGUGGCAGCGGGACAGCUCUGGGAAGUGGAGGUGGUGUGGAGACCAGGGAGAAGAAAUGCACGUGGCAGGGAAUUGGUAGGGAGCUGGCCGUAUUUAACACAAUGCUGUAAAGACAUCACCUUUGCUUCUUCCUUCCUUCUCUUUUUUUUUUUUUUUUUUUUUAACCCCUGGAAAUCUCUGAAAUUUCUUGGGUUCUGUGGUGAGAGGCCAUUGACAGAAAGAUCGCUGAAGUGCCUGCAAAACUAUCUUGAGUAUCGGCAGGGAGACAUAAAGCUGUAAAGUUUCAUUAAAACCACUUUGGCUGGUUAUAUAGCCCUGAAAGCCACAGUUUUGCUUAAAACCAGAGAUGAAUACCAAGUCUCUUUUGGCACCUGUUUUGGUUUAAAGCGCAUGUGUCUGAAUUUUAAAAUAAAGAGAAUUUAUUUCUGAGAAAA